UGACUAAUAAACCAUUUAUUGUAUUAUUAAGUCUACAAAUCAUUUCAAACGAAAGCUCUAUCAGUCCCCAAAAUUGAUGUUGAGUGCCAAUAUAAAUUUAAUACGCAUAACAAAAAAGUUUAUAUUUUUGACAACUCCACAAUGUCGCUCGGAAUAAAGUUAAUCUAUGCGAGUUUUUGUUUAGCUACACUUAUUGUAGCCAGUGAAUCAGCACGUGUACUCGGUUUCUUUCCAACACCCUCAAAAAGCCAUUUGAUCAUACAUAGUGCGGUUGCAAGUGCUUUAGCCGAACGCGGUCAUGACGUCACAGUGGUCUCGACACACAAAUCGGUCCAAGAGAAUCCCCCAUAUCGUUACAUUCAACUCAAUGUGCCCGGCUUCUCUCAUAAUGAAUUCUCAAAAUCAAUGGCAAAACCAUUACCUUGGUAUCAGAAAAUGAAUUCGAAUAUGCAAAUUUGGAAUAAUUACGCGAAUAUCAGUUUAAAUCAACCAGAAAUGCAAGAGUUGAUGGCUAAUGAAUCUUUUGAUAUGGUGAUAUUGGGAUACUUUUAUAAUCAAUUUCUAUUGGGAGUUGGGGCACAUUUUAAGUGUCCGAUUGUAAUGUCUUUCAUGAUCCGACCAAAUCCAAGUUUGAGUGAACUGGUUGGUAAUCCGGACGAAGCUGCGUAUGUUCCGAGUAUUCUGAUCCAAACCGAUCAACCAUUGGGAUUCUUUGAUAGAGUUCGAAAUUUCAUAUCGAUUAAUUUGUUGGAGAAAUUUCUUUUGAAGCGUUUAUUAAUGUCUUAUCAAUCUGAAUUAUAUAACAAAAACUUCCCUGCCGACAAGUAUCCACCAUUCGAGGACAUGCUGAAGAAUGUUUCUCUUGUUCUGACUAACCAUCAUUUUAGUCAAGGCCUUGUUCGUCCAUAUGUUCCUGCUUUAGUGGAAAUUGGAGGAAUUCAAAUAAAAAACGAGCCAGAUCCAUUACCAGAGGAUAUUAAAUCAAUUUUGGAUAAUUCCUCAGAGCAUGGAGUUGUUUUCUUCAGUCUUGGAACUACCAUUGAAGGAAAUACACUUGAACCUGCCAAAUUGCAAGCCAUAUUCAAUGCUCUUUCAAAACUCAAAGAAACCAUUCUUUGGAAAUGGAGUGAUUCCAAGUUGCCAGGAAAAUCUCCAAACAUUGUCUAUAAGAGUUGGGUACCACAAAAUGAUGUCCUUGCACAUCAAAAUGUCAAACUCUUUAUCACCCAUGGUGGUCAAGGAAGUGUUGUAGAGUCUUCAUUCCAUGGAGUACCAAUGGUUGGUAUUCCAAUUUAUGCUGAUCAAAAAUCAAACAUGGAAAGUGUUACCAAACAGGGUUUUGGUUUGUUAGUAGAUUUUCACACUUUGCAAGAAGAAGAACUUAGUAGAACGAUUAACGAAGUUCUGAGUGAUAAAAAAUACACAGAAAAAGUUCAGAAGUUCGCAAGGGUCUAUAAAGAUCGCCCAAUGACAGCAAAGGAAACAGCUGUUUUUUGGAUGGAAUAUGUCCUUCGGCAUCAUGGUGCUAUUCAUAUGCAAAGUCCAGCAGUUCAUAUGAAUUUCUUCCAGCUAAAGUCACUCGAUGUUAUUGGAUUCCUAGCAGCUUGCAUUUAUCUUGUCUACAGGGCUAUCAAGUUCAUCAUUUUGUUUGUUAAAUCAAAACUUUGGGAUGCGAGGAAGAUUAAAGCAGAAUAAAGUUAUUUGUCUUUUUAUUUUUCAUGGAAUUAAUAGCUUGAGGGUAAGGAAGCAUAAUCACUCGCCAACCGGAAAAUAUUGUCGAAAUAAUGAAAAAAAUAAAUUCCGACUAAGUUGACGCUUGAUGAUGCCUUAAAUUCCCUAAAAUUAAGGAAGUGAUUCUCUCCAUUUCAUCGAAUAAAAGUAUAAUAAAUUAUACCAGAGGACCUCUUUUUGCUUGGUUGGGUUUGUUCGAAAUCCUUUUUUCCAUUAUUAAAGCCUGUCCCUGCUACCCACAUAUAUUUUAUUGUUUAUGGCUACAACACAAAACUUGGUCUUGUCAUCAUGAGAGUGUAGGUUUAUUUAUGGUGUUAUAAAUGCGAGGAAAUUCUGUAUAUGUGUUACUGUUGAAUUGCUUAUAAUAUUCCAUCACAUACCUACACAUUUUGUGGGGAUAUUGUUAAUUGCCAAACAAGAGCUGCAAGUCACAUUAUAGUUUCCCUCAUCAAGAGAGAGAGAAAGAGACGUUAUCCUUGAGAGA